UAUGAAGCACGAGAUAAAGGGAUUUGUUCGCACUGCUGGUGUAGUAGUAGGGUUUUGAGAGCGCUAGCGGAGAAUGCCGCUGCCAAUCGCCUAGGAGCGGUCGAUCGAGCGUCGCGAGGUGGGAAUUCUUGCUGCGGAGCGCGUAAUCUUGGCGUGCGGAGGCGUUUUGCGUCUUCUUGCGGCGAUUUCCAUCGCAAUCGGCGAUCUCUUCCCAUGGAGCUCCUGCACGAGCUGAAUUGGAAGACGUAGCAGCUGAUCGGCUGGCUCUAGAGUCUUCUUUCCAGGAAUCCCACAAAUUUCGCAUUCUCUUCUUCCCCGCUUUCUUGCGAUGAGUUCGAAUCCCGCCGUGGGCCUGCAACAGGUUAGAAAGCCCUACACUAUCACCAAGCAGCGCGAGCGCUGGACCGAGGAAGAACACAUUAAAUUUGUGGAAGCACUACAGUUAUUUGGACGAGGAUGGCGUAAGAUUGAAGAGCACAUCGGUACAAAGACGGCUGUGCAAAUCCGCAGCCACGCUCAGAAAUUCUUCUCUAAGGUGGAACGAGACAAAGGCAGUGCAGGACAGCAUAUAGAAAUACCACCACCACGACCAAAGCGAAAACCAAGCCAUCCAUAUCCGAAAAAGGCCGGCGUGAACUCGUCGGACGACACGACACCGGGCUACUUGUCAAGCACUCCUAGCUGUUUGGAAGAACACACCACAACCGCACAGUCGAUCGAAUGCACUGGGAAGAGUGGAGCCAGGAAAGGUCUCAAGCUGUUUGGACAAACUGUGCUUGUGGGUGAGCCAUCCCCAAGCACGGAUGAAGAUGAGGCGCAGCAGCUAAAAGAAGUUUCAUCGGGUCCAGAGGAGGAGAGUGGAGUAGAAUCUGGAGCAAGCGAUCUCCUGCAGAGGACAAAGUGUGGAUCAUCAGAGGAGACAAGGCUGCCGGCGAGUGCUAGGAACCACUCGGAGGUCUCGUCGCGUAAUCAAGAGUUAGAAAACGCCGAACCGCAGCAGCAGCAGCAGCAGCACGCGCCUGUACAGCUAAAGGACCAUCAAAACACGGUGAACAACCUUAUCGUCUUGCACUACGCGGCGUUUCUAGCGGGUAUUCAUCCUCACGUUGGUCAAGUUAAUCCCUGGCAACUCCUGACUCCACAGGUGCUAAAACCACAGCACGAAAUCCUCCGGUGGCACUCCAUGACGGAUUCUAACAGUCCCAGCGCUGUGGACAAGAGCAGCAACUGGGACGCUUCACAAAAUGACAGGAAGAAUGACACUGACGACGAGGUCGCGGUCCUCGAACAGAGCAAACGCAGGAGACUAAACUCCAUUAACGAGGAAAAGAGCAGCAGCUCGAGUACCACGACUUCUUUGCUUCAUGGCGACGACGAAGCCGGAAGCUGUACACAAGCGUGUUCGAAUUUGUCAACUCUAUCUUCGCACGGCUCUCCGCGGGGAGGAUUUGUCCCUUACAAACGGCCCUCCGCGGUGGACGACGCACAGCGGGGAGAGCGAAGAUGAUAACAUCUAAGCGGAAGAAAGCUAACUACGGUUUGUAAGCUAUUGUCUACAGUGUGUUCAUAGCGCUCUCACCUGGCUCUUUCUUUACCUUUCGGUAGCAGACGCUCGAUCGGGAAAAAGAGAGAAAAAGAAAAGGCCGUGAAAAUAUAUAUAGGGAAGAAAUCUUUCCUUCUUCGAGGCGAGUGGAAAGCUCGUUUAA